AACUCGAUAGUUCUAAAGAAGUAAAGGCUGAUAUGAGUUCAGUAUUUGCGGAACUUAAUCAAGGAGAGAGUAUUGUAAAUACUUUGAAGAAAGUGGAUAAAAGUCAAAUGACACAUAAGAAUCCAAGCUUGAGGGCUGGAAAUAUUGUUUCGGAAGUUGGCGUUAAGGGUCAACAAAAGAAAGGUCCUGCAGCACCACCAAAACCAGCUUCAUUGUCUCUUAAGAAACCACCCAAAACAGAGCUCAAUGGCACCAAAUGGGUUAUAGAACAUCAUGAAAAUAAUUCAAAUUUGGUGAUUUCUGAGACUGCAAUCAAUCAAACCGUCUACAUAUACGGAUGUAAAAACUGCACAAUACAAGUUAAAGGAAAAGUGAACGCAAUUAUUCUAGAUACUUGUCAGAAAACGGGUCUAUUAUUAGAUUCCGCAGUAUCAACAGUGGACAUUGUAAACUCGAAAUCAUUUCAACUUCAAAUUCUAGGCCAUACACCCACAAUCAUGAUUGAUAAAACCGACGCCGGACAAAUCUUUCUCUCGUCCGAAUGUUUGCAGACUGAGAUUCUGACUGCGAAAAGUUCCUCGAUAAAUGUAAAUGUUCCAGGUGUUGGUGAAGAUGGUGACUACGCAGAAAAACCAAUCCCAGAACAACUUAAGUCUACCAUUGUUGAUGGUAAACUUGUUAGUGUUCCAGUAGAACAUGCUGGAUAA